AUGGGUUUGGGAGGUGUGUCAAUGCAUACUGAACAAGUUGUGGCUUAUCCAUCGAGACAACUUAAAUCUCAUGAGAAGAAUUAUCCUACACGUGGCUUAGAGUUGGUUGUCGUUGUGUUCGAACUUAAAAUUUGGAUACAUCAUCUAUUUGGCUCUAGAUUUGAAGAUUAUGAUUUUGGUUUGAAUUACCAUUCCGAUAAAGCCAAUGUAGUGGUUGGCGCACAAAGUCAGAAGUUGUUGCAUAUGUCGACAUUGAUGGCUAGAGAGUCAGAUCUAAUCGAAGAAUUUAGAGAUUUGAGUUUGGUUUAUGAAGUCACGCUGCAGAGUGUGAAGCUAGAUCAUUUGGCUUUAAUCAAUCAAACUCGAGGUUGUGAUUUCAGUAUUGAUGAUAGCGGUGUUAUAAAAUUCCGUGAUGUUCCUGAACUCUAG